AUGGGGAAUUGCCAGUGUUAAUCAGCAGACAUCCAAAAGACAGAAGAAAUAUAGCCUCUCGAAUUUAAAUUAGAGAAUGUUACUAGUUUUGAAGACUAGCAAUUGCAGUUUUGCUAAGCUCAACAAAUAUUACAAUAAGAAACCAUAAAGUCUAAUAAUGAAACAUCUGAUGAUACUCAUCGUCCUAAUCCAUAAAUAGUGUGGUAAACAUAAACAUAGUUUACUACUUAUAAUCUCAUAGUUUAAGUAAGUUUUUCGAAAUAUAAAAUAUUAGAAACUUAUGGAUGAAUUGGGCACAUAUGAAAUAGAUGAUGAGGAAGGAUAUUUUUAUGGAGUCUAUGAAUAAAAAGAUGGUUCAUUAUAUAGGGGUUGUUGGCAUCACGGCGAAAAAUUUGGAUAUGGUACUUGAACACAAUUCCUAUCUCUCUAGGAUGCUUAAUUUAUCAGGAUGGGUCAAUAUUUUAAGGGCAAUGGAGAAAAGACAAAGCUAAUGGUAAAGGACGAAUGAUCUACACUGAUGGAGACUGGUAUGAAGGCGAUUGGGUUGAUGAUUUAAGUUAGAUUACUGUUAAUUUUUAGAACAUGGAAACGGAAAAUAUGUGCAUAAUGAUGGAACCAUCUAUCAAGGAGAAUGGAAGAAUGAUUUUUAGGAUGGUUAUGGAUAUGAAUAAUUUACUGAUGGAUCUAAAUAUACAGGAUAGUUUAAAAAUGGUAAGAAGAAUGGAUUUGGCCAUUAUUUAUGGGUAGAUGGUCAGAGUUAUGAAGGAAAUUUUUAAUCUAAUUAUUUUAGUGGAUAUGGGUAUAAAUUCAGUAUUAUGAAUCAGGAAAUAUAUAUGGACUGAUGGGAGAUAGUAUGAAGGUUAAUGGUUAAAUGGAAGUAUGGAUGGAAAUGGAACAAUGAAAUGGCCUGAUGGAAGGAAAUAUGAAGGAUAAUAUAGUAAUGAUAAAAAGCAUGGAUAAGGAAUUUUAGAAUGGCGUAAUUUGUUUAUAUUUAAUGUAAGGUAGCUGAUGGCAGAAAAUAUUCAGGAUAAUGGGAGUUGGGAAAAUAACAUGGAAUUGGAGAAUAUUUUAAUGGAUAAAUUAAUAAAAAAGGUUAAUGGAACUAAGGAAAGCGGCUAAAAUGGUUAGAUUGA